AGUUCCGGUGUAUCGAGAAAGUGCCCAGUUCCUAGGGGAGGAGCUGCCCUGAGGAGAUGGCUUCGCGGUUAUGGUCAACGGCUGGGUCUUGGGCAAGGUCGCGACCCGUCGAGAACAAGAAGGCGCCCUUAGCAACCUUUUUAUCCUCACGAAAUAUAACCGUCACUCGGACUGGCGCUAUCCUGCCUAAGCCUGUCAAAAUGCCAUUUGGUCUUCUCCGGGUGUUUGCCAUUGUAAUUCCAUUUCUUUAUGUCGGGACACAAAUCAGCAAAAGUUUUGCAGCCUUGCUUGAAGAACAUGAUAUCUUUGUACCAGAGGAUGACGAUGAUGAUGACUAAUAGGUUUACAAAGUGGCAGCAAGAGGAACAAAGCCAUAAUAAACUGUUCUGAUAUCUAUGUUUAAUCACCACUCCUCUCUGAUGUCUAAAGAACAUAUUUUGGGGCAGCUGGACUUCCCAUUGUACCAGGGAUUGUUCUGUGCAUGUGUAAACAAGGAUGCUUAAAUGAUGUAUCUAUUUAAGAAUACAUACAUACAUAUAUAUCUUCAUUCAACAACCACUGCAUGCUUACAUCUAUUUCUGAAUGCACUGGAUCCCUAAUUAAUAUGGAGAAUUCCUCUGGAUAGUAAAUGAAAACUUACAGAUCAAGGCUUGUGUGUUUCUUUUAUAUAUUAAGCUGCCAUCCUUCCCACAAUUUUUGGGAUGUAUGUCUUAUUGAAUUGUGAUUUAUUUCUGAAUAUGUUUUGGAUUGUGCUAUCCAUCUUUUGAUACUACUUAAACGUCAGUUUUCUCUCUUUGAAGGGAAGGAAAGCACAAGCCUAUAGAAAAGUACAUAAAGGAACUUCUCAAACUUGAUUAUUUGAUUCAACUGAAUCAGCUAUAUAAUAUUUAACAGCUACCAAUGUAAAUAGACAUUUUAAUGGAACUUUGAGGAAGGUUUAAGUAAAAUUUGGUGAAAGGAAACUGCUUAGACAUCUAUUGUAUAAGUAUUAGGUUUUUCCAGUUAUCUGGCUUUAUAUUAUAUUAUUUUCUCAUGCAGCUGAAGUAUCUUAGAAAAAUGGUAGGAUUAGAAUGUAUAAUGGAGGUAUUAUGUACAGUUGCUAAAUUUCUAACAGCUGUAAUAAGCCACUUCCAACUCUGUUGCCAACAUUUAAGCUGUGUGUGUUUAUAUUCCAGAAUUUGGGAAUAUUUCUACAAUUUUGAAGCACUGAACACAUGAAAACUGUAGUGUACCUGCUAAAAUAAAUGUUUAAAAAUUCA